AUGGCCACAGGCCAGUCCAAGGGAGACAAUCUCCCAAUUGAGGCGGCCUCAACCCAGCUUGGACACCUCAGGAGCUGUAAAGAAAACCUUUCAGUGCUACCACAGAAGACCCAGAACACAAUGGACAUUGUGAAGAAGGUGGCUCUUUCUUCAGAAUCAAGACGUGUUGUCGAAGAAAUUGCUAAUUACCUGACAGACACACUGAAGACAGACUACCUGGGUCUCCUGCUGACUGAAGAUGCAAUCUGGGAAGCCAUGGUGGGAGAGGCAGGAUUGUCCAGGGAGGAGGAAGCCGCAAUACGUGACGCUUUGAAAAAGUGUGUAGCACCUUGGGCCAACAAGGACAAAAACUGUCUUCAAAAAGAACUCCAGGACAGGAAAAGGUUUUUGGAAGCCUUUCCUCGCUUGGAAAAGAAGCUUAAAGAGUACAUCACUCAGCUCCGAGAUAUUGCUGACCAUAUUGCUCAGGUGCACAAGGGCAUUGCCGUCACCAAUGUGGUAACCGACUCCACUAGCGUAGCCUCUGGAGUCAUGGGUAUUGUUGGUCUAAUUCUUGCACCGUUCACAGUAGGGGGCAGUCUCGUGAUUUCAGCAGCUGCACUGGGCCUGGGAGCAGCAGCUACUGUGACCAGUGUUACCACUAUGGUUGCAGAGGAAGCAAGCAGGAUGUCAGAUAUGGCUAAAGCCAGCAGCCUAGUUUCAAAUGCCAUGGGCAUAAUCAAAGAGAUUGCACAGAUCAUGCCUAUGGUUACAAUCAAAAUUGCUAACGCAACCAUAGAUUUAAUUCAAACCCCCAAAUCCAUUGCACAGCACAUCCGUGCCAUCAAGAUGGCCAAAGGCAACCCUAACUUAAUAGCAAAUGCCAAGAACCUCACAACCACUGGAACAGUCUCUAAGGAGGUAAAGGAUGUCUUUGGAGGCACUGCUCUAGCACUGUCCAAAGGAGCCCGGUUCAGGUCUGCAGGAAUUACAAGUAUCUUUGUUGCAUUAGAUGUGUAUCACCUUGUGAAAGAUUCAAUACAUCUGGGAGAGGGAGCAAAGUCAGAGUCGGCUGAAGAGCUACAGCAAAUAGCUCAGAAGCUAGAGGCGAGGUUGAAAGAGCUUGUCCAGAUCUACAAGACUCUGCAGUCAGAACUGCCUAAGUGAGACCCUCUGCAAGCAGCACAGGGUCAGAGGAGAUGGCCUGGAUGGGGAAGGGACAUAGUGGGGGCAUUUUGUUAGAGGGGAAAAUAGAGUGCGAUGAAGUCUAUGGAACUGAAAGAUUUCUAUUUCUGCCUGAACACAUUGAGGUUAAUGUAGAUGGCUAGUGGGUCAAAUAGAAGAUCCAACUACAGUAUGAAUUAAGGGAUCAGAGGAGACUUGAGAGGGUGGGGAAGGGGACUAAGGGCACAUUGGGGGCUUGGCUAGAGAUGGUUGUAUGGGAGAAAGCAAUAGGAAAGUGAAAAAAACUGGAGAGCUGAUGAUGGCAGAAAGCCCAAAUUCGUUCUGAAUAUGGAGAAGACACAGCAACCCCCACCAUGGUCCAUCCCAACAGUAUGAUGUUCCAGUGAGCUCAAGUCCUCACUGGAGUGCUCUGAUCCCCAUGAGGCAUGUUAUCCAUCUGGCCAUCAGUCCACUGCCAAUCUCCACUCCUUUCUUUCCAAUACCAACAAUGUCACUAUACCCUUCUGUCCAUCAGGCUGACUUCCCUAUGAGAAUGUUAAAAAAUGAUACUGAUGAUGAUGGUGGUGGUGAUGCUGAGGGUGGUGGUGAA